UGAUGAUGAUCAAAAAAGAAAAGAAAGUGAGAUUAAAGAGGGGAAGAUUUGAAGAAAGAGAGAUUGGAUAGAGGUGUUGACAUCUUUGAAAGUGGAGACUGAUAGAUUUAGGGACUGAUUAUCCAAAUGAGAGGGUGUUUGGUGGGUGGAGGAGGACCAGAUGACCUGAUUCUUUGGGUUGGUGGGUCAACGAACUGAUACAAGUUACCAUUAAUUAAUAGUAUGACGCCAGAAUGAUGAUGGUGAUGGUGAAAAGAAGAGAGUGAGAAAGAAAGUAAAAAAGAGGCAGAACUUAUUGGGUUUUUAUCAUCAGGCACUCUUUUUUUAAGUUAAUUUUAGCCAAAAUAAGUGAGUUUAUCGGUUGACUGAUCUUGUAUUUAAACCCAUUCAGAUCCUCCUAGACAAUACCACACUCAUAAAGUUAAAGUAACAGAACAGUUCAACAUAUCAGUUGAACACGAUUCGUCCAUCGGAUCAAGUUGAUUCACUAUACUAAAUUUUAUCAUCAUUAUUCAAAAAUUAUUUGGUGACUAAAAAGUAGUGAUUAUCAAUCGAAUCUAUCUGAUAUCAAUAUCUAAAUAAAUCACAAGGAUUAAGUAUCAAAAAGUAACAAAUCUAGAUAUUAUAUAUUUUUCCCGCUUCACUUCUUUGGGCAACAUUUAUUGAAAUCUGCAAGACCAAACCAAAAUCUUUGCCAUUAUGAAUUAUCUUUCACUUUGUGUUUUCAUUAUUUUUUUCUUAACAAUUGGUUUCUCUGAAUCGGCAAGAUUACCGAGAUCAACCUCAUCACCAGCAACAUCAUCAUCAACAACAACAACCUCAUCAACAGUUAAUAACAAGAAAAAUGAAGAGAAUCAACCUUCAACAUCGUCUGCUUCUUCUUCAGCUGGAUCUGCAACCGGUGGACCAACAAUCAACUGGGGACGUUGUCCACAAUUGGAACCAACUAAUGAAGAGAAAAUCAAGAAAGCCGCUGUAAUCACCAAAUGUUUAGAGUCAACUCCAGUUCCUGUCAAUAUUACUAGAGAAACAGUUGAACUUCACCGUGAACAGGUUGCUGCUUGUGCGUUACGAAUGGAGGGUUGGUUCAAUGGACAAGGUUUAUAUCGUUUCGAUAAAGCCGAGAAUGAAAUUAAAGCCAAAAAAUUAACCCGUGAAGUUGAAGAGAAAGUGCUGAGCUUCCAUAGACAGUGUAAGGAUGAAGCAGAGGAAAAGUAUCCCGUCUCUUCAAAUCAAUUAAUCGCUCAAAUUCAAUUGUACCAAGCCUGUAUGGAUUAUUUCAUCUCAGAAGUUUGCGGUAUUGAAGUCCAAAUAGCUGGAUCAGAGGGAUCGUCUGAAUAAUCUUGCGACACCAGAAUACAUAAAUAGCAUCUCCAAGACGAUAUCAAUCAUCAGAAUGACAAUCAACUCCUAUUAAUAUCAACCUUUUUUUAUAACCAUUAAUUUGGUUUGAAUGUUAACUUUUUUUGUUUUGUUUAUUUUUUAACUCCUGAUAAAAGCACAAUCAUCGGCUUCUUCAAAUUGAAAACUGUUGAAUCGCAACCAUGAGACCAAAGCUACUUUAACUCAUCAAUCUCAAACGUUUUUUCACAACUUCCUCGGUAUUAUCACUGUUCAUGUUAUUUCUAUCCUCCAAUACAUUAUUGAUGACCAGCAGCAUGUUGAAACUACUACUGUCCAUUACUGUCCUUAAAUAAUUAUUGAAAAAAAACAUGCAAAAUACCUCGAACAAAACUGUGCUUGGAUUUUCCAGCCAAACCUUUAUUUACAAAAAUUUGUCCCAAUCUCAGUGUAAUAAGGCAAAUUAAUAAGAUACUUUUUUCUAUCACUGUUUAUUCGCUUAUUUUUUUUCUUGUAUAAUAAUCAUUGUCUUUGUUAAUCUCAACAUCUACUUGGAUUAACGGCCAAAAGGUGAUUUGAAUCGACCUGAUUAAAAAUUAAUGAUUUGUUCAA